GUGAGUGAAGAAGAGGGGGAGAGGGAGGGGAGAAAGAGCAGCGCAGCAGCGGGCAAGCCACCAGCCCUGAAACACAGAAAUUAAGGCGAACUUUAGCUUGCGAAGCGGAAUGAUAAUAAUGUACUUUUAGGACAUGGGAGUUCGCACGGAACAACCUGGAUUUCGGCGAUAAGGCUGCGUCGCCCGUGGACUUUAUCCAAGACGGCUAGAAACUCCCGCGGAAAGAAAACAACAACAACACUGGGAAAAGACGGGUUACACACAACAAAAAAACAACACUCCCAGACAAGUGGUCUGCCUUCUGCCGAGAGAGGGGAGGGGAGGGGGUGGGAAGCCGUGCUAAAUGAACAGGAAAUGUUGGUGAAUUUAUACUCUAUUUGAAUUGUACACGUUAAUUGCCAGACAGUGUUGCUGUGUGAACUUUAAACUCAGGAAACAAUGAAGACAUAGCGAGCAAGAACUCAUCAAGUGUCUCGAGGCAGCUAGCCAUCCCGCUAGCGCUAGCUUGGCUAUCUCGUAGCGAGCGAAUGCGAGGAGCGUAAACACUGAAGGAGUUUUGUAAGAGCCGAGGGGAAGGGCAGGUUCCCGUCUGGACUUCCCCGCAGCUACACGUUGCCCUAGUAUGAUGGCUACGGAGGUCAGCAGUGAGGAUGCGGGCUUGGUCACGACAGGGACAGGGGUGGCAAGCGCAGGAGGCCCGGACACGGCCCCUUUCACCUACCAGCCCAAGCCGAGCCGAGUGCGAGUCCCUGAUUUGGGGCAACCACCGGCACCAAACCUGCGCCAAAACUGGAACCCUUUUUCGGGCUCACUUCCCGAAAUGACUUCGACCCACCCCCUUCCUGGUGGGGAUAUGGCCGGGCCAGGGCUUUCCGCAGCAGGGAGUGGCGGAGCAGGAGGUGGACAUCCAGUCGCACAGGGAACAAGUUCAGGGACCGUCGCGGGCGGCAUUUGCUAUUCUCCCACUUCGGAGGGUCCAGGUAGUCGGAUUUCCCCCACACCCACAGGCCCGGAUGGACCCACCGACUUCCCCCCACUGCCACCACCGCCUCCUCCCCCUCCAGGUUGCGGGGUGCCCCCCGGGGGCACCGUGGAUGAGAGCGACAUGCAGGAUGGACCGGAAUACGAGGAAGAAGAAGUGGUCUUCCCACUGUCUGCACCUCCUACGAACCAGUGGUACCAUGGCAAGCUAGACCGAACCAUUGCUGAGGAGCGGCUGCGCCAGGCCCGGAACCCCGGCAGCUACCUCAUCAGGGAGAGCGACCGCCGGCCCGGUUCCUUUGUCCUGUCUUUCCUCAGCGUGACCAAUGGGGUCAACCAUUUCAGGAUAAUCGCCAUGUGUGGGGACUAUUACAUUGGUGGGCGGCGGUUCUCUUCUCUAUCGGACCUGAUCGGUUACUACAGCUAUGUGUCUUGUCUGCUAAAAGAAGAGAAACUGCUCUCGCCAGUGGCGCCCCCUGAGCCUGUGGAGGACAGGAGGAGAGUCAGAGCCAUACUUCCAUACACCAAAGUGCCAGAUACUGAUGAGAUCAGCUUUCUGAAAGGGGACAUGUUUAUUGUUCACAAUGAACUGGAUGAUGGCUGGAUGUGGGUCACCAAUGUUCGCACAGAAGAGCAGGGCCUCAUUGUGGAGGAUCUAGUGGAGGAGGUGGGACGGGAGGAGGAUCCGCAUGAGGGAAAAGCCUGGUAUCACGGAAAGAUCACCAAGCAAGAGGCCUACAACCUGCUGAUGACAGUUGGACAGGUGUGCAGUUUCCUUGUCCGACCAUCGGACAACACACCUGGCGACUACUCCCUCUUUUUUCGCACCAAUGAAAACAUCCAAAGGUUUAAGAUCUCCCCCACUCCCAACAAUCAGUACAUGAUGGGGGGGAGGUACUACAACAGUGUUGAUGACAUCAUCGACCAUUACAAGAAAGAACAGAUCGUUGAGGGCUACAAUCUGAAAGAGCCAGUGUCCGUGCAGCACCAGGAACAAGUUCUUAGCGACACAGUGGAUGGGAGAGAAAUUUAUAACACUAUCAGACGGAAAACAAAAGACGCUUUCUACAAAAACAUAGUGAAGAAAGGCUACCUCCAGUUCAACAAAGGAAAAGGCAAAAGAUGGAAGAACCUUUACUUCAUCCUGGAGGGUAACGACGCCCAACUCAUCUACUUUGAGAGCGAAAAGAGAGCCACCAAACCCAAAGGGCUUAUCGACCUCAGUGUGUGCUCUGUGUAUGGUGUGCAUGACAGUCUUUUUGGCAGGCCACACUGUUUCCAGGUUGUUGUGCAGCACUUUAGUGAGGAACAGUACAUAUUCUACUUUGCAGGGGAGUCUCCAGAGCAAGCCCAGGAUUGGAUGAAAUGCCUUCACACGUUCUGCAGUAACUUAAGGAAAACUACUCAGCCGACUUCCAACAAAAGGCUUCGACAGGUGAGCAGCCUGGUGCUGUAUGUGGAGGAGGCCCACAAGCUGCCAGUGAAGUAUUUCAACAGCCCCUACUGUAACAUCUACCUGAACAGCGUCCAGGUGGCCAAGACCCACCCCCGGGAGGGGCAGAACCCGGUCUUCACUGAAGAGUUCAUCUUUGAUGAUCUGUCGAGUGAAAUCAACCGAUUUGAAAUCAGCCUGAGCAACAAAACAAAAAAGAGCAAAGAAAGUGACAUCUUGUUCAUGCGUUGCCAGCUGAACCGUCUGCAGAAGGGGCAGAUGAUCGAUGAGUGGUUCCCUCUCAGUUCCCACGUGCCUCUGAAGGGCAUCGAGCCCGGCUCUCUACGUGUACGUGCCCGCUACUCCAUGGAGAAGAUCAUGCCUGAAGAGGAGUACAGCGAGUUCAAAGAGAUGAUCUUGCAGAAAGAGUUCCAUGUCAUCUACGCUCUGGCCCACGUGUGUGGUCAGGACCGCACUUUACUGGCAAGCCUCCUCCUGCGCAUCUUCAGACAUGAGAAGGCUGAAGCCCCUCUCCUCAGGACACUCAACGACCGAGAGAUCAACGUGGAAGACGAAGCCACAACAUUAUUCCGAGCGACCACACUGGCCAGCACCCUGAUGGAGCAGUACAUGAAGGCCACGGCCACGCCCUUUGUCCACCACGCUCUCAAAGACACCAUCCUCAAGAUUAUGGAGAGCAAGCAGUCGUGCGAGCUGAACCCUUCAAAACUGGAAAAAAAUGAGGACGUGAACCUGAACCUGGCUCAUCUCCUCAACAUCCUGUCUGAACUGGUGGAGAAGAUCUUCAUGGCUGCUGAGAUUCUGCCACCGACUUUGAGGUUCAUCUAUGGCUGUCUGCAGAAGUCGGUGCAGGAGAAAUGGCCGACUAACACCACCAUGAGGACGAGAGUUGUAAGUGGCUUUGUCUUUCUAAGGCUGAUCUGUCCUGCCAUCCUCAACCCCAGACUGUUCAACAUCAUAGCUGACCCUCCGUCUUCAGCAGCAGGCAGGACCCUCACACUGGUGGCCAAGUCUGUCCAGAACUUGGCCAACCUGGUGGAAUUUGGUGCUAAGGAACCUUACAUGGAGGGUGUGAACCCUUUCAUCAAAAACAACAAACAUCGGAUGAUCAUGUUUCUGGAUGAGUUGGGGAAUGUCCCCGACCUCCCUGAAACCACAGAGCACUUUAGGACGGAUCUCUCCCGGGACCUGGCGGCGCUGCACGAGGUCUGCAUCACGCACUCGGGCGAGCUCCGGACGCUGAGCAACGAGAGGGGAGCCCAGCAGCACGUGUUGAAAAAGCUGCUGGCCAUCACUGAGCUCCUCCAGCAGAAGCAGGCUCAGUAUGCCAUGUCCAACAGCAACAGGACAGAGUGCACCAUCAUGUCACUGGCUGCUGCCAUCCAGGUAAUGUGAGUUUUACAGAGCUCUACCUGAGAGUCAAAGUGUGGUAGUCGGACCACUCGACCUGCCAGCCGAAGCGAGUCCUCUUCCCCCUGCCAGCUGCCCCACCGAAGACUUCCAGCAGUUCGUAUUUAGAAAGCAUGUGGCCUAGAUCCCUGGCAGUUCAAAUGCUAUACGGCUGUUCCCCCCCCGUGGGAAACCACUCGCUGCAUAUCGGAACACCGUCCUUCCAAAGCCCCUCCCCAAAAUGCUCCAGACAUGGUGUGUUGAAGUGAUGACACUUUGACGAGAAGUUUCGUCGCCUAAGACCUUCAAGAGUUGAUUUCCUGCAGUUUCCCUGUUUACGAUUUAUUGACGUGCGUGGCGCCAUGAUGGCUGCUACUUUCCUUGGACAAGACUUGCGGCCCAAAGCAUUCGAGUAGCGUUUUCUGCCGCCAUCAGGGAACUUAAACACAGCGCUUCUCUCCAAGAUGACACAAGCCUUAACUCCCUGCACGGCGCCCACGUCACCCGUAUUUUCCACGAGGUCUUUCUUCAAACCAGACGACAUUGUACGAACUGCCACGUAGCACCGGAACCACUUGUUAGACUUUUAUAAGCUGCUUUGUUUGUUGAUAUUAUAUACUUAGGCUUGUGUACGAUGUAGCUGAACAGCGCUGAAAGCUAGGCUGUAAGUUUGUAGGAGAUAUCUGUAACCUGUCCUGUGCAUGUGUUUAUCCUCAAUGGAUCCUGCUAUUGUGUGUGUGGACCUACACAUAUAUAUGCUGCUCUAAGGAGCGUCACCUGAACGCCACACCUCCAAGCCUUUGGGUGUAAACAAAAGCUUUUUUGCAUUUGCAGUCCCUCUCUUGCUCUCGCAGGAGGCUUUUCAGAACACUCCUGCACCAACUAUUUUCAUAUAGCUUCAUCCUGAGAAGUCAUGCCAUGCACAGAUUUAUCCACUUCAAAGUCAUGAGGGGUCGGCCCUGUGUGCCUCCUGAUGACUCAAGCCGCUGCAGAGUCUGAAUCUGUGCCUGUCAUAGCUCAAGAGUUUACCAAACUGUUUACUGUAGUUGCACUUAAUGAUACCACGGACCUCACCAACCUCACUAAGUGUUAAAAGACAGCUGGUGACCUCAUCAGCGCCACCAAUAUUUGCUGUGCUACAGAGCACGGAUGAUGUAGGUGGAAAUGUGGUGUGCUGUUGUACUUCCUUUCUGUAUUUCAUACAGCUGAUGAUUUGUUCGUUUUUAUUUUUCUACCUGAUAAUGAACCUUGAACCUUUUGCAUCUUAGAUACGACAACCUGGCUAAAAUAAAACUGUUACUAUGUAA